AUGUUUGUAUUUCCAAUAUCAUUACUUGUCAUUUUCUUAAUGACUAGUGAAUAUAUCAUUGCGUAUCCAUCAAUAUUAUCAAAAGGUAUAAAACAUAAUCAUCCAAUAAAUUUACGAUUAAAACGUGAUUUUGGAUAUUUACAACAUCAUGAUUUAACAAGUAAUGAUAAUGAUGAUAUGCCAACAAAUUAUGAUGAAAAUUUACCAUAUAUUUAUUCGAUUCUUCAACGACAAAAUCAUAAACGUUUAAUUGACUUUUAA